AUGCCUUCCUACACUGCUUUAGCUAAGAAACGUGAAGAGUCGAAGGUCAAAGACGCCGCAGUAGAGAAGAACCUGCAAGAGGCACUCGCGGCCGUCAUCGCUUCCGGUUUCAAGCCGGGCAGCACUCGACACGUCCUGUCGAUCAACAAAGCGGCCGACGACUGGCACGUCUCAAGUUCUACGCUCGGCGCACGUUACAAAGGGCGAUGCACUCGCGCAGAGGUUGCUGUUACUCAGCAGAAGGCCGCGCCCGCGAAGGAGGCGAAGCUUAGUGUAUACCUUGCCGGCUGGGCUCGACGUGGGCUCCCCAUGUCCCCGCGCGUCUUCGAGGGCGUAGCAUCUAACGUGCUCGGGAUGGAUAUCACCGAGUCUUGGGUUAGAAAGUUUCGCGCGCGCCAUCCGGAGCUGAGGGGAACCUGGACGACGGGACUCGAGGCAUGUCGAGCUAGGGCACUGAAUCAUACAACGGUCGACAACUACUUCAAGCUUCUCCGCGAGACCAUCGACGAGUUCGGCAUCAUCCCUUCGAACAUAUACAACAUGGACGAGAAGGGGGUGCAACUUGGUGUCGCGAACAAGGAACGCGCUCUCGUCGACCGAGACCAAGCCACGGUCUACAAAAUUGAACAGGGCUCAAAGGAGAUGGUCACGAUGAUCGAGACGGUGUGCGCGGAUGGUUCAAAUCUUCCACCUAUGGCGAUCUUCAAGGGCAAGACCCGUGAUAUGGAGUGGGGAAGGUAUAACCCGAGUGGCGCGGCGAUCGGCUUCUCCGAGAACGGAUGGUCAGACAACGAGCUAGGACAGCUGUGGUUGCGAGACCAUUUCGAGCCACACACCCGCACACGCAACCCCAGCGGCGGCUAUCGGUUGUUAAUACUCGACGGGCACAACUCCCACUGCACGUAUGGGUUUGCGUUGUUCGCGGAGCUACACAAAAUUAUUGUCAUAUGCUUGCCGCCACACAGCACACAUGUUAUACAGGUAUGCGACGUCGCCGUCUUCGGCCCUCUUGCUGGCUACUGGAAGAAACAAGUCAGUGAGCUUGCCCGAGCGUACACGACGAUAUCAAAACGGAACAUACUUCCAUACUAUCAGAAGGCCCGAGAGCAAGCGAUGAAGCCGCAGACGAUUAUCUCCGGCUUUCGCAAGACAGGCACCUGGCCCAUCGAUCCCUCCCAGAUCCCUGAAUCCGCCUUUGGCCCUGCAUUGGCCACGACAAGCCAGAUGUCCUUCCCGUCUGCGACGUCUACUGUAUCAUCCCAGACGGAGUCCCCUUCACGCGUACUGGCUGCCGCGAUCUCUGCGAUGACGAUGCCCCCUCGCACACAAAGGAACGCUACUCGCGAUUCCCUGCUCGCGCACGCUGCGACUAUUCGCAAGACUGCCGACGAGUCGAGAGCUCUUCUCGAAGGGACUGCGACGGAGAUGGCUUUGAUGGAGGAGGAGAACAAGAGGUUGCGCGCGCAGCUCUACGGGCGGGAGGAAACACGCAGUCGUCGCGAGGGAUGCUCCGAUGCACGAAACUUGACGUGUCAGCAAAACCUGGAGGAGCUCGCACGAUCAGAUUGGAAAAUCAAGUGGAAGAAGGUCCUCUCACAGUUGAAGGAGUUGCAUAAGCAACAGAGGCGAGAAGAAGCGGCGGCGGUGGCGGCGGAGGAGAAGGCGGCCAAGCAGGCGGGACAGGAGGAGAAGCGCCGAAAACGGGAUGAGGAAGCCAAGAAGAAAGCGGACGGGAAGGCCGAGAAGGACGCCGAGAAGGCCGCCGAAAGGGAGCGGAAGCAGGCGGAUGCCGCGCGGAAAAAGGAGGAUGCGACGCGGAAGAAGGAGGACGCCGCGCGAAAGAAGGAGGAGACGGCGCGAAAGAAGGAAGAGACGGCGCGAAAGAAGGAGGAGGCGGCGCGUAAGAAGGAGGAGGCGGCGCGUAAGAAGGAGGAAAACGCACGCAAGAAGGAAGGGACCGCCAAAGCAGCGCCGGUGGCCAGUGGCGGCAAGCGGACGGUGUCCGAUGCACAGGAGCCCAUGUCGCAGGGGGAUGCUGGGGUUCCCGCGCCCCGGUUCAGGUGCGGGCCGCUGCCGCGGAACUUCUACACAUCGGGCAGGAAGAAGUACGCGAGGCUCGUCGAGGAGGAUGGGGACGAUGCAAUGGAUGUCGAUGGAGGUGGCGAGGAUGCUAGGGACAUGGAUGUGAGCGAGGAAGAAGGGGAGGUGGGAGAGAAACGGACCCUUGAUAAGGCCGGCGAUCGCGCCGAGAUGCCCUUGGCGAAGCGCCUCUGUCGCCCUGUAAGACGCAAGGCAAGAGCCCCAGGCGUGCAGACACCAGCAGACGGUCACUGCACCAUAGAUCCUGCUCUGCUCGCACUUGAUCAGUAG